AUGGAGGUAGAUCCCAAGGAUACACAGAAACCACAGCUGGAAAGCGAGAGUGAAAGCGAGAGCGAUACUUCCAGUUCUUGCAGUAGCGACGAAUUUUAUGAUAGCGACGGCAAUUUCCAUUUUCCUCCGCUCGGUCCGGAUGGAGAACCAUGGGGUUCGAAACCUUAUCAAUUCGAACCUAUGGCUAAAAGUGGUGAUGGAAACGCUUCUACUUCCAGUGAUGAAGUCGAUGAUGAAGAAGCUUCUAUUUCAAGUAAUGAAGUCGAUUAUGAAAGUAGAUUGACUAAUUUAGACUGGUAUGUUUUAAUAUAG